CUUUCCCUUUCCUUCCCUCCCGGAGGACCUGCGCGGCCAUGGCGCUCGGGCUCGCCGCUCUGCGCGUCCUGCUGGGUGGCUUCUUCGCGCUCACGGGGGCGGCCAAGCUCUCGGGGCAGAUCUCGGCUCCAGCGUCCGAGCAGAUGGUGAGCAGCGGGAUGUGGGCGGCCACGCGGCGGCGGGUGUUGAAUGGGAAGGCUUCAGCUGGAGAGGGGCAGGGGGCCUCAGGGACCUCACUUUCCAUUCCAGGAGCCAUCUUCACUCUGGCAUCUCUGAAAGAGUCACCGAACACCUACAUCCCAGCAGUCAUCUGCCUGGGGCUCCUGCUGCUGCUGGAUAUCUGCCAGCUCUGAGUCCAAACUAAGAAGGUGGUCAGACCCACUAGGAAGAAGACUCUUGCAAGUGCGUUCAAGGAGUCCUGGGAGUCCUUUUUUCUCUUCAUGCCACAUCACUAUCACGGCAGGAGUAUGGUGGAACGCCGAGUCUGCCACCUUCUUACCAGUGCAUCCAGGGCUGUUCAGUGUUGAAGCAGACAUCUUCUCUACCUGACCCUGCUUUCUCUCUGAGACAUUCACUGCUCUUUUUUGAGGAGCACGUGUUGCACACACUGUCAUUCCUCAUGUAA